AUGCUACCUGCCCUCUCGUUGGUGACGGCUUUAUUCGUCCAGCACGCCUACGCCCGAGAGGAGUACUACUCGCAGCUGAAACCGUGUCCGGUGUCGUGCGAAGGCGCUCAAAACCCGGCAAAAUGGACCUUGUACAGCUCUGUCGAGCGUCUCAAGGUCUGCAGCGAGCCAGUUCUGUUUCAAGUCUCGCUGUCUGCCCCAGUCAAGGCCGGCCAGUCUACUCGUGUCAGAGCCUGUACUGCGGGUGACUCCGAGAACAUGCUCAAUUCCAUCAUCCAGGACGCACCAGAGACGAAACCGGAUCCCAGCAGAAUUGCCAAGAGAGGCGCGCUGGCCUUUGCUCCUGACGCCGUCAAGGAUGGCUCGUCGGUCCAAGUCGCCUCUUGGGGCACCACUCGACAAUCCGGCUCCAAGGCUGCUGCAGAUGGCCUGGACAUCCUCAGCAAGAUCAACGGGUGGAUUACAGCCGGAAAAGAUGAUAAGCAACCGACCGCCAUCUUCGGCAUCCUCAACGGCACCAUGGCGGCGUACUACGGCGGCGCCCGCGUCGAGCACGGGCCCAGUGCAAAGAGCCUCUUGGACAAGUUGUCGUCAGAGGCCAAAGGAAAUGGAGUUGCCGAUCGUCUGGCCGUUCAGCACUGUGGCGAGACUGGCAGCGAAAUCACUGGCGGUGUCACUACCGGCGCCAUCCUGUCCACCGACGGUGACUUUCAGUUUCUCCAGGGUGCUUUGAUCAGCUGGAGCAAAGCCAAAUGCCCGACCGGAGCUAGCAAGACCACCCCCGUGAAAGAUCUGAAUCUCAAGUUCUACCACUUUGCAAAGCCAAACACCACGAGCAUUCGCGUCCGCGACUCGGAGUGCAGGUACAUCCUCGUUGAGCAAAACGACUCUUGCCCCAAGCUGGCUGCUCGUUGCGGCAUCACCCCGGCCAAGUACACAGAGUACAACCCGGGAAAGGAUCACUGCAAUAAGCUGAGGGCUCAGCAACCCGUCUGCUGCGGUCCGGGCACAGUGCCCGAUUUCCGGCCUGAUCCCAACGCGGAUGGUACCUGUCACUCUUACGAAGUCAAGCCUCUCGACACCUGCGAUGGCCUGUCCGCCAAGUACACGCUCAACGACGGGCAGCUCAUGCAGAUGAACCGCAACACAUGGGGUUGGACCGGCUGCAACCCUCUUGGUCUUGGUAUUGCCAUCUGCCUCAGCAAGGGAAAACCUCCUCUGCCGGCCGCAGUCGAUAACGCUGUAUGCGGACCUACGAAGCCCGGAACAAAACCCCCUCGAGGAGACCAGACGCUCUCGGACCUCAAUCCCUGCCCUCUCAAGGUGUGCUGCAACGUCUGGGGCCAGUGCGGCACCACGGACGAGUUUUGUCUCGAGAAGAAGUCGGAAACCGGUGCACCGGGAACCUCGGGCUUACACAACGGUUGUAUCCAAAACUGCGGCAUGGACAUUGUCAACAAGGACAAAUCGCCAAAGGAGUUCCGCACGCUCGGCUACUUUGAGGCCUGGAACUACGACCGCAACUGUCUGCACAUGGACAUUUCCAAGGUCAAGAACCACAAGCGCCACUACACAGACGUGCACUUUUCCUUUGCCGAGAUUUCCAAGGACUUUGACGUCGUGAUCCCAGAAAAGACUGGGAAGCAAUGGGGCCAUUUCCUCAAGCUCGUCGGCGAUGGGACCCCGAGGAAGAUUGUUGCGUUUGGUGGCUGGGCAUUUUCCACCGAAGGAAGGUCGUACCAAAUCUUCCGCGACGUUGUGAAGCCCGAAAACCGAAAGGCCUUUGCCGAAAAGGUGGUGGACUUUGCCAUUAACAAUGAUCUUGACGGCAUCGACUUUGACUGGGAGUAUCCCGGCGCACCAGAUAUCCCUGGUGUCCCUCCGGGCGACAAGGCGGACGGCUCCAACUAUCUCGCCUUGUUAACCGAGGUUCGGAAGCUUCUCCCCGCCGGCAAGACACUGUCAAUCGCCGCGCCCGCCUCGUUUUGGUACUUGAAAGGCUUCCCUAUUGACCGCAUGGAGCCCCUCUUGGACUAUAUCGUCUACAUGACCUACGACUUGCACGGACAGUGGGACUCUGGAAACCCGCAUUCGGCUCCUGGGUGCCCUGCCGGAAACUGUCUCCGGUCUCACGUCAACUGGACCGAGACCGAAAAUGCGCUCGCCAUGAUUACCAAGGCUGGCGUACCAACCAGCAAGAUCCUUCUUGGUGUCUCGUCGUACGGCCGCUCGUUCAAGAUGGCCGAGAAAGGGUGCACGGGCCCUAUGUGCACGUAUCUCGGCGAUAAAGACUCUCCGGCGAAGAAAGGGCCAUGUACUAACACUAGCGGCUACAUCUCGAAUGCCGAAAUCAAGGACAUUAUCCAGACGAACAAGAACGUGGACUCGUGGUAUGACAAGGACACCAGGUCAAACUAUCUCGUAUAUGACGAGACGGAAUGGGUCGCCUGGAUGGACAACAACGUUCGAGAUGACAGAGUCGACUUUGCCAAGGGUACCAACUUUGGGGGUACCAUCGAGUGGGCGAUAGAUCUCGAGGACUUUGUGUCAACCGGCGACCCGAUAGACGUCGACGACAGCGAUGACGACGUUCUCCCUGCCUGUGACGGCCACUACGACACCAUCGACGAUCUGAUCAAGGACGAGGACAACGUCGACUAUUGGUGUGCCCCGCAGUAUCUGCUCGACAUCCUGGGGAGGGAGCUGGCCGGCGACCUCUCGCGCUACGACAAAAUCAUGGACGACGGAUACGACGAAUACUUUAGCAUCUACGGCACUUACAUUGCCAAAGGCUCCUACAAGGCCGCAUCCGACUUUAUGUUUGAUCACGGCAAGGAGUGGUUCAACUGCAACAUCAGCGAAGUGGUUACGUGUUGCCUGGGCUGUGACAGCAUCCCCGACUACUCGUGUACACAGUGCCUUCCGCCGGGCGAGUGCAAAAUUCAGAGCGGAAACGACGACGCCCUCCGCCUGAUUCACUCGACCAUUGAAGAGUGCCCUCCCGACUAUUCCAAGGCCGGCAUGGGUCCCGCAAAGUACAGAGACAUCACAUGGACGCUAAAGGACGGCAAGGAAGACGACUUCUGGGCCGAGAUCGAGGCAGAAGUCGGCAUUCCGAAGAAGAAGAUGGAGCUUAGUGACACGGGAGAGUACAUCUACGGUUUCGUGACCAACACCAACUGCCACUACAGCAAGCGCGACCACGACAACUCAACUCUAGGCGACGACGGUGAUGACCUCAUAAGCCGAGACCUCGCUAGACGCAACAUCAAGAAGGACUGCAUGGGCAAGGGGUACUGGACUGGAGCCCCAAAGGUAGACAGCAGGGUCAGCGAGGACGACGUCACGAACCCCAAGGACACGGUCAAAAAGGCUCUUGACAAGUCGUCGGGCCUUGUCUCGGACUUGGCGAGCCUGGCCCUAGAGGUCAAGUCUGGCAUGUACAAAGGCGACGCGGCGGACCUCAUCGACGCCGUGGCCAUGCCCAUCUACAUGAUUCGCGAGGGCCUCGACUACAUGGACACGGUGGUGGAGAUGGCCAAGAAGAUUGAGGAGGCCGAGAAGAAGACGCUGAUUGUCAACCUGCUGUCCGCCAUCCUGUUCGUUGUGCCGGCUCUCGGCGAGGCCAUCGGCACUCUUGGACUGGCUACGCUCGGCCGGGCCCUCGUCACGAUCGGAGAGCUGGGCAACACAGGCCUGGGGAUCUACAGUGUCGUGGAUAACCCCAAGGCAGCGCCCAUCUUCAUCUUCGGCCUCGUCCUCAGCGCCAAGGGCAUCAGGGACUCCAACAACGUGGUCAAGGCGGCCAAGGCGCGCCGAGCCAUGCCGCAUGAGGACAUUGUGGGCUUCAGCACCAAGGUGGCCGAGAGACUGGCCCAGAUUGACAAGGGCAUGUCGAAGGGCAAGGGGAAGGCCAUGUGUGUCCAGUAUGCCUAG